AUGCACUCUAAAUCGACCAAUUUCGGACAUAAAAACGCAUUUUUUUCUGAUAAGAGUUCCUCUGAUCAAGAACAAUGAGCAUAUACCCAGACUUCUUGCAUCGAGAGGCCCUAUUAUUCUGCUACAGAUGGGAUAAAAAUCAGUCAACAAAAGCUCCAAGAAGUUAGAAGCAAAAGAAUAAAAUAACUCAAGAAGCUUAUCCAGAGAGACCCCAAAAUUUCCUCACAAAAGAUCAAAGACUCAACAAUCUCUGAGCUUACAAGUUAAGAAGAAAGCAUCCAAAAGUAUUAUCAAACUGAUCUCGCCUUUUUCUAAAUAAAGCAAAGGCAAUAAAUCACAGAAGAACCAAGUGAAGCAUUGUACGUCAAGCUUAUUAAGAGAACGUAGUAAAUAUUUCACACAUUAAACGCCAUUAUUUCUGCUAGACUUGAUUUAAAGAC